AUGGUCCUAAAAUUUUUUAGCUCCUUUCUCUAUCCUCCCUUCCUCUCGUUUGCACCCUUUCCUCACGUCCUCUCGUUUGCAUCCUUUCCUGUCGUCCUCUCGUUUGCAUCCUUUCCUGUCGUCCUCUCGUUUGCAUCCUUUCUCUCGUCCUCUCGUUUGCAUCCAUUUUCUCUCGUCCUCUCGUUUGCAUCCUUUCCUCUCAUCCUCUCGUUUGCAUCCUUUCCUCUCGUCCUCUCGUUUGCAUCCAUUUUCUCGUCCUCUCGUUUGCAUCCAUUUUCUCGUCCUCUCGUUUGCAUCCUUUCUCUCGUCCUCUCGUUUGCAUCCUUUCUCUCGUCCUCAUCCAUUUUCUCGUCCUCUCGUUUGCAUCCUUUCUCUCGUCCUCUCGUUUGCAUCCUUUCCUCCUCGUUUGCAUCCUUUCGUUUUUGCAUCCUUUCCUCUCGUCCUCUCGUUUGCAUCCAUUUUCUCGUCCUCUCGUUUGCAUCCAUUUUCUCUCGUCCUCUCGAUUGCAUCCAUUUUCUCGUCCUCUCGUUUGCAUCCUUUCUCUCGUCCUCUCGUUUGCAUCCUUUCCUCUCGUCCUCUCGUUUGCAUCCUUUCCUCUCGUCCUCUCGUUUGCAUCCAUUUUCUCUCAUCCUUUCGUUUGCAUCCUUUCCUCUCGUCCUCUCGUUUGCAUCCUUUCCUCUCGUCCUCUCGUUUGCAUCCUUUCUCUCGUCCUCUCGUUUGCAUCCUUUCUCUCGUCCUCUCGUUUGCAUCCUUUCCUCUCGUCCUCUCGUUUGCAUCCUUUCCUCUCGUCCUCUCGUUUGCAUCCAUUUUCUCGUCCUCUCGUUUGCAUCCAUUUUCUCUCGUCCUCUCGAUUGCUUCCAUUUUCUCGUCCUCUCGUUUGCAUCCUUUCUCUCGUCCUCUCGUUUGCAUCCAUUUCCUGUCGUCCUCUCGUUUGCAUCCAUUUUCUCUCAUCCUCUCGUUUGCAUCCAUUUUCUCUCAUCCUCUCGUUUGCAUCCUUUCCUCUCGUCCUCUCGUUUGCAUCCUUUCCUCUCGUCCUCUCGUUUGCAUCCUUUCUCUCGUCCUCUCGUUUGCAUCCAUUUUCUCAUCCUCUCGUUUGCUUCCAUUUUCACGUCCUCUCGUUUGCUUCCUUUCUCUCGUCCUCUCGUUUGCUUCCUUUCUCUCGUCCUCUCGUUUGCAUCCUUUCCUCUCGUUCUCUCGUUUGCAUCCAUUUUCUCUCGUCCUCUCGUUUGCUUACAUUUUCACGUCCUCUCGUUUGCUUACAUUUUCACGUCCUCUCGUUUGCAUCCUUUCCUCUCGUCCUCUCGUUUGCAUCCUUUCCUCUCGUCCUCUCAUUUGCAUCCAUUUUCUCUCGUCCUCUCGUUUGCAUCCAUUUUCUCGUCCUCUCGUUUGCUUCCUUUCUCUCGACCUCUCGAUUGCUUCCUUUCUCUCGUCCUCUCGUUUGCAUCCUUUCCUCUCGUCCUCUCGUUUGCAUCCAUUUUCUCUCGUCCUCUCGUUUACAUCCAUUUUCUCGUCCUCUCGUUUGCUUCCUUUCUCUCGUCCUCUCGUUUGCAUCCUUUCCUCUCGUCCUCUCGUUUGCAUCCAUUUUCUCUCGUCCUCUCGUUUGCAUCCUUUCCUCUCGUCCUCUCGUUUGCAUCCUUUCCUCUCGUCCUCAUCCAUUUUCUCGUCCUCUCGUUUGCUUACAUUUUCACGUACUCUCGUUUGCAUCCAUUUUCUCGUCCUCUCGUUUGCUUCCUUUCUCUCGUCCUCUCGUUUGCAUCCUCUCGUUUACAUCCAUUUUCUCGUCCUCUCGUUUGCUUCCUUUCUCUCGACCUCUCGUUUGAUUCCUUUCUCUCGUCCUCUCGUUUGCAUCCUUUCCUCUCGUCCUCUCGUUUGCAUCCUUUCCUCUCAUCCUCUCGUUUGCAUCCAUUUUCUCUCGUCCUCUCGUUUGCAUCCAUUUUCUCGUCCUCUCGUUUGCUUCCUUUCUCUCGUCCUCUCGUUUGCUUCCUUUCUCUCGUCCUCUCGUUUGCAUCCAUUUCCUCUCGUCCUCUCGUUUGCCUCCUUUCUCUCGUCCUCUCGUUUGCUUCCUUUCUCUCGUCCUCUCGUUUGCAUCCUUUCCUCUCGUCCUCAUCCAUUUUCACGUCCUCUCGUUUGCUUACAUUUUCACGUCCUCUCGUUUGCAUCCAUUUUCUCGUCCUCUCGUUUGCUUCCUUUCUCUCGUCCUCUCCCAUUUUCUCGUCCUCUCGUUUGCCUCCUUUCUCUCGUCCUCUCGUUUGCUUCCUUUCUCUCGUCCUCUCGUUUGCAUCCUUUCCUCUCGUCCUCAUCCAUUUUCACGUCCUCUCGUUUGCUUACAUUUUCACGUCCUCUCGUUUGCAUCCAUUUCUCGUCCUCUCGUUUGCAUCCAUUUCUCGUCCUCUCGUUUGCUUCCUUUCUCGUCCUCUCGUUUGCAUCCAUUUUCUCGUCCUCUCGUUUGCUUCCCUUUCUCUCGUCCUCUCUCGUUUGCAUCCUUUCCUCUCGUCCUCAUCCAUUUUCUCGUCCUCUCGUUUGCUUACAUUUUCGUCCUCUCGUUUGCUUACAUUUUCACGUCCUCUCGUUUGCUUCCUUUCUCUUGUCCUCUCGUUUGCAUCCUUUCCUCUCGUCCUCUCGUUUGCAUCCUCUCCUCUCGUCCUCUCUCGUUUGCAUCCUUUCCUCUCGUCCUCCUCUCGUUUGCAUCCAUUUUCUCUCGUCCUCUCUGUUUGCAUCCAUUUUCUCUCGUCCUCUCGUUUGCAUCCAUUUUCUCAUCCUCUCGUUUGCUUCCAUUUUCACGUCCUCUCGUUUGCUUCCUUUCUCUCGUCCUCUCGUUUGCAUCCAUUUUCUCUCGUCCUCUCGUUUGCAUCCAUUUCCUCUCGUCGUCUCUCUCUUGCAUCCAUUUCCUCUCGUCCUCUCUGUUUGCAUCCUUUCCUCUCGUCCUCUCCAUUUUCCUUUCCUCUCGUUUGCAUCCAUUUCUCGUCCUCUCGUUUGCAUCCAUUUUCACGUCCUCUCGUUUGCAUCCAUUUUCUCGUCCUCUCGUUUGCUUCCUUUCUCUCGUCCUCUCGUUUGCAUCCUUUCUCUCGUCCCUCUCUCUUGCAUCCUUUCCUCUCGUUUGCAUCCUUUUCUCUCGUCCUCUCGUUUGCAUCCAUUUUCUCGUCCUCGUCCAUCCAUUUUCACGUCCUCUCGUUUGCAUCCAUUUUCUCGUCCUCUCGUUUGCUUCCUUUCUCUCGUCCUCUCGUUUGCAUCCAUUUUCUCGUCCUCUCGUUUGCAUCCAUUUUCUCGUCCUCUCGUUUGCUUCCUUUCUCUCGUCCUCUCGUUUGCAUCCAUUUUCUCGUCCUCUCGUUUGCAUCCAUUUUCUCGUCCUCUCGUUUGCUUCCUUUCUCUCGUCCUCUCGUUUGCAUCCAUUUUCUCGUCCUCUCGUUUGCAUCCUUUCCUCUCGUCCUCAUCCAUUUUCUCGUCCUCUCGUUUGCUUACAUUUUCACGUUCUCUCGUUUGCUUACAUUUUCACGUCCUCUCGUUUGCAUCCAUUUUCUCGUCCUCUCGUUUGCUUCCUUUCUCUCGUCCUCUCGUUUGCAUCCAUUUUAUCGUCCUCUCGUUUGCAUCCAUUUUCACGUCCUCUCGUUUGCAUCCAUUUUCUCGUCCUCUCGUUUGCUUCCUUUCUCUCGUCCUCUCGUUUGCAUCCUUUCCUCUCGUCCUCAUCCAUUUUCACGUCCUCUCGUUUGCUUACAUUUUCACGUUCUCUCGUUUGCAUCCAUUUUCUCGUCCUCUCGUUUGCAUCCAUUUUCUCGUCCUCUCGUUUGCUUCCAUUUUAUCGUCCUCUCGUUUGCAUCCAUUUUCACGUCCUCUCGUUUGCAUCCAUUUUCUCGUCCUCUCGUUUGCUUCCUUCCUCUCGUUUGCUUCCAUUUUCUCGUCCUCUCGUUUGCUUCCUUUCUCUCGUCCUCUCGUUUGCAUCCUUUCUACUCGUCCUCAUCCAUUUCUCGUCCUCUCGUUUGCUUACAUUUUCACGUCCUCUCGUUUGCAUCCAUUUUCACGUCCUCUCGUUUGCAUCCAUUUUCUCGUCCUCUCGUUUGCUUCCUUUCUCUCGUCCUCUCGUUUGCAUCCAUUUUCUCGUCCUCUCGUUUGCAUCCAUUUUCUCGUCCUCUCGUUUGCUUCCUUUCUCUCGUCCUCUCGUUUGCAUCCUUUCCUCUCGUCCUCAUCCAUUUUCUCGUCCUCUCGUUUGCUUACAUUUUCACGUUCUCUCGUUUGCUUACAUUUUCACGUCCUCUCGUUUGCAUCCAUUUUCUCGUCCUCUCGUUUGCUUCCUUUCUCUCGUCCUCUCGUUUUCAUCCAUUUUCUCGUCCUCUCGUUUGCAUCCAUUUUCACUUCCUCUCGUUUGCAUCCAUUUUCUCGUCCUCUCGUUUGCUUCCUUUCUCUCGUCCUCUCGUUUGCAUCCAUUUUCUCGUCCUCUCGUUUGCUUCCUUUCUCUCGUCCUCUCGUUUGCAUCCUUUCCUCUCGUCCUCAUCCAUUUUCUCGUCCUCUCGUUUGCUUACAUUUUCACGUCCUCUCGUUUGCAUCCAUUUUCUCGUCCUCUCGUCCUCAUCCAUUUUCUCGUCCUCUCGUUUGCAUCCAUUUUCACUUCCUCUCGUUUGCAUCCAUUUUCUCGUCCUCUCGUUUGCAUCCAUUUUCUCGUCCUCUCGUUUGCUUCCUUUCUCUCGUCCUCUCGUUUGCAUCCUUUCCUCUCGUCCUCUCGUUUGCUUACAUUUUCACGUCCUCUCGUUUGCUUACAUUUUCACGUCCUCUCGUUUGCUUACAUUUUCACGUCCUCUCGUUUGCUUCCUUUCUCUCGUCCUCUCGUUUGCAUCCAUUUUCUCGUCCUCUCGUUUGCAUCCAUUUUCACGUCCUCUCGUUUGCAUCCAUUUUCUCGUCCUCUCGUUUGCUUCCUUUCUCUCGUCCUCUCGUUUGCAUCCAUUUUCUCGUCCUCUCGUUUGCAUCCAUUUUCACGUCCUCUCGUUUGCAUCCAUUUUCUCGUCCUCUCGUUUGCAUCCAUUUUCUCGUCCUCUCGUUUGCUUCCUUUCUCUCGUCCUCUGGUUUGCAUCCAUUUUCUCGUCCUCUCGUUUGCUUCCUUUCUCUCGUCCUCUCGUUUGCAUCCUUUCCUCUCGUCCUCAUCCAUUUUCUCGUCCUCUCGUUUGCUUCCCAUUUUCUCGUCCUCUUCGUUUGCUUCCUUUUUUGCUCCUCGUCCUCUCGUUUGCAUCCUUUCUUCUCGUUUGCAUCCUUUCCUCUCGUUUGCAUCCAUUUUCUUGUCCUCUCGUUUGCUUCCUUUCUCUCGUCCUCUCGUUUGCAUCCAUUUUCUCGUCCUCUCGUUUGCAUCCAUUUUCUCUCGUCCUCUCGUUUGCAUCCAUUUUCUCUCGUCCUCUCGUUUGCAUCCAUUAUCUCGUCCUCUCGUUUGCUUCCAUUCUCUCGUCCUCUCGUUUACAUCCAUUUUCUCGUCCUCUCGUUUGCUUCCAUUUUCUCGUCCUAUCGUUUGCUUCCAUUUUCUCGUCCUCUCUUUGCAUCCUUUCCUCUCGUCCUCUCGUUUGCAUCCAUUUUCUCUCGUCCUGUCGUUUGCAUUCUCGCAGAGAAAUAUUUAUUUUUUCUUUCUUUCUCCGAAACAUGUCUGUCUGUCUCUUCUUCCUUUUCUCUUUCAUUUUCUCUUUCUUUUUAUUACUCAGUGGAAUGAAUUCUUCUCGACUCACUUUUUGUUUUUUCUUUUCCCGACUUCCUUUUUUUCCUUUUCCUUUUCAAUCUUUAAACACUUUUUUCAUUUCUUUCUUUAUAUCAUUGUUGUUGUUUUCUACUUUUCUGUUUUUGUCUCUUUCUUUUCACCUCUUCUUCAAACUUCUCGUUUCCUUUCUCUUUUCAUUUCUAUUUUCGAUUCCUCGUAGUCUCUCUUAA